AUGCUGCAGCUCGACGUCUUCCACUAUCCCCACGACACCUCUGGCCGUCGAAGGAGCCACCUCUGCCACGUCUCACACUCUAUCGAACUUCCCCUCCUCCCCCGUACGUUCCUCGUGUCCUCCCGUCACUACCUUAUCUAUCCCAGCCCCUGCAUUGCUAACAUCGACUCGUUCUUCCCACCUCGUACCGGGGUUUUCCUCACAUCUACUGCCCCCUACCCGCUCGCUUUCCACUCUUACCGCGCCCCCUCCGUUCUCUGGAGCGCCUGCUCCAUCACACCCCCACACUCCACAUUCCAUUUGUGCUCUCCUCCUUCCUCCCUCUUAUCUCUGCCACCACCCUACCCCCAACCUCACAAUAACAAUACAUUCUUCCCCAUGGGGCACACCCCCCAUCGCGGGCUUCUACAUCCGCACUCAUCCACCAGUUAA